GAACGUUUGUCUCGCAGGACUCAGUGAUCCAAGUUAGGAGCUCUCAGCUGCCAGCCUUGGCCCAUCAUGUAAGUGCUGCGGAGGAUUCUUUGCAGCGCAUUUGCAGAAAUUAGCGCUUCUCCCGACGCCUGCGGGGCCGUGCAUCCGUCCCGGCGCUCCGUGCACGGACACGCACGCUUCGGACGCACGAAGGCUCCAAGUGCAUGAAGAUCGAGGCUCGUGUUUUGCAUCUUUGUUGCAGCAGCGAGCCGCUGAAGCUCCAGUGCGCCGAUGGAGGGAGGGAGCGAGAAAGAAGGCAAAGUCUUUUGUGCUUCCCCUCCCCCCCAUCAGAGCAGAGGGGAAAUGUCUCAGGCGAAGGGAGGUAAGAGGAAGCCGGUGCUCAAGCUCCCCCAGGAGGUGUUUGAGCAGCGAACUCCUGCACCAGUACCUCCCAGAGAUUUGGAUUCUAAAGCUUGUGUGACGAUCGGAGAAAAGAACUUCGAAGUAAAGGCCGAUGACCUGGAGCAGAUUUGCGAGCUCGGCCGAGGAGCUUAUGGAGUCGUGGACAAGAUGAGGCACGUGCCCAGUGGACUGAUCAUGGCCGUGAAGCGGAUUCGGGCCACAGUGAACACUCAGGAGCAGAAGAGGCUUCUGAUGGACCUGGACAUCUCCAUGAGGACGGUGGACUGUUUCUACACCGUCACCUUCUAUGGAGCUCUAUUCAGAGAGGGCGACGUGUGGAUCUGCAUGGAGCUGAUGGACACGUCACUCGACAAGUUCUAUAAGCAGGUGAUCGAGAAAGGCCUGACCAUCCCCGAGGACAUCCUGGGAAAGAUCGCCGUCUCAAUAGUAAAAGCUUUGGAGCAUCUGCACAGCAAUCUGCAAGUCAUUCACAGAGAUGUGAAGCCCUCCAACGUCCUGAUCAACACGCAGGGUCAGGUGAAGAUGUGCGACUUCGGCAUCAGUGGCUACCUGGUCGACUCCGUGGCUAAAACCAUGGACGCCGGCUGCAAACCCUACAUGGCGCCGGAGAGGAUCAACCCUGAGACCAACCAGAAAGGCUACAACGUCAAGUCUGACAUCUGGAGUUUAGGAAUCACGAUGAUUGAGCUCGCCAUCCUGCGCUUCCCAUAUGACUCGUGGGGAACGCCUUUCCAGCAGCUGAAGCAGGUGGUGGAAGAACCUUCACCCCAACUUCCUGCCGACCAGUUCUCCGCUGAGUUUGUGGAUUUCACCUCUCAGUGCUUAAAGAAAGUUUCCAAAGAGCGGCCGACUUACACAGAACUCAUGCAACAUCCCUUCUUCACCUCCCACGAGGCCAAAGAGACCGACGUGGCCAGCUUUGUGAAGGUCAUCCUGGGGGACUGAGUUGCAGCUCUCAGCCGGAGGAGGGAGGAUCCGCUGGAGACGAAAAAAUACGACAAAGAAAAAGCACCGACAAAGCAGCUCCUGCUACCUGCAGGACUCCCCCACCUGUUCGUCCACCUGCCUGCAUCACCUGACCCGGUGGGCGGAGCCUCACGUAAUCUGGAAUCAUUACCUGUAUGCAAAAAGCUCCCUCUGAUUAGAUCCGCUCAGCUCUGAAGCCUCCUGAACCAAGUCCUUUGUGCUGCAGAGGUUCAGGCGAUAUACCGACGAUAUAGUGCUCUCUGUGUAUAAUCUAAAUGUUUGCAUACUCCAAGCAACGUGUUGCAUCAGAUUAUUAAUUGACUGCAUGUACAGAGUUUAUCUGUGGGUAGAAACGGGCUCAGACGGCCAGUGAGGAGCAGCUGCAGACUUCAGGGCCCCCGGUGGCCACUUACAGGUACUGCACUUCACUGCUUUAUCCCUGGUUCCAGCCGAGGUCAGGUUUUGUGCUCUUUGUGCUGCCUGAGUGUGUUACAGUGUGUGUGAGCUGAUGUAUGGUUAACGUGUGAUUGUGGGGCUGCUCGGCUCUGGAGGCAGUUUUUCACAAAAAGACUUUUGUGGGACAUUUUUUGGAUUACAUUGUGACAGAUAAAGCUGUUUUUCUUCACCGUGGCUCAUUUUUGCUGCAGUAUAAAGUCCUGCACCUCUAUGGAAACAGAAAAAAGACAGAGAGAGAACUCCAAAAUGUCUUAGAAUGACAAAAAUACUAAAAACAACCUGAAAAUGUUGAAUUAUUUAUUUAGCAAAAAUUGAAAGAAACCUGAAAUCGACACAUUUCCACUGCUGUUCCCAAUAGUGGAACACAAUUAUGCCUCCACAUAUUAUAGAUAUUUAACUAUUUACAUUCAGACUACUCUGUUCAUCAUCUAGAAAGAUGUUUCACCAUGCUGAAUGUAUCUCCAACAACUUCCUCCUCUGUUCACUGUUUCUGAGCCAUGUAGCAUUUUAUUGAUCCGGUAGGUUUGAUUUUCCUCUCUAUUUGAAUUUUUGUCUUGAAACUAUCUGUCACAGCUGAGUCAGUCAUGGCUUCAAAUUUGCACAAACAGGCUAAGAUUUUUUAUUUUUUCACAGAAUCUGUUGAGAGAAAACGGUUUAUUUUUGGCAAAUUUUUGAUUCAGAUUAAAUAUCAUGGUUUUCAGGUUAAUUUUUUGUCAAGUUUCCCGACAGAGUUUAGUUCAAGCUCUGCCUGACGUUACAAAAUCCAAAAAUUCUCUCAUUUUGUACAGUUUCUGGCUCUGAUAAAUGCUGUCAUUUUGACGAUUUUUUCAAAGACAAAAGGCUUUUCAAACCAACACAUUAUUAACUAAUGUAUGUUUGCAGUUCUUGAUGCAGUUUCUGCACUCAGAGUUGAGAUAAAACAUUUUUUGGAAACAUUUUUUGGAUGAUUUUUUUCCCUCAGCAUGUCGGGUUUAAUGCGUUUCCUCAUUCUGUCCAAAUUUGAAAAGUUUUCGUCAGAAAUUUUGUUGGAUUCUUUGAUUUCCUUGAUUUUAACUCAGUUUUUUCUCUCUGAAAUUGCAAAAUCACAUUGAGGCCGAUGUUGAAGAGUAGCUGCAAGAUAGAACUGCGAUGCAGCUCUGAGAACCACAAACACUUCAGAAUGGUUUCUGUUCUUAGCUCGGCUCUAGAGGCAGUUUUUCUCUGAGUUGAGAUACAAGAAGAUUUUUUCUGGCAGCAUAUUUGGAUGAAAUUUUCCUUCUGCAGCCUCGUCGUGUUUCUGAGAGCAAGUCGGGUUUAAUGCAGCAGAUUAAAUACAUGCAUCUUUUCGUUCUGUCUAAAUUUGAGAAGUUUUAGUCAGAAAAUUAGGUAGAUUCAUUGAUCUCCUCGAAUCUAAGUCAGUUUUUUCACUCUGAAGUUGCGACACAGCCAAUGAUGUGUGUUCACAAGGUUUAGGAUGCAACAUUAUUUUAUUAAAUUGUUCUCCUACAGCCUAGUCAUGUUUCUGAGAGCUGGUCAGGUUUAAUGGAUCUCCUCGUUUUGUCCAGAUUCAAAAAGUUUUAGUCAGGAAUUGUGUUGGAUUUUGUGGAUUAAAACUCAGUUUUUUCACCCUGGAGUUGCAAAAAUUCAUGAAUCACGGAGUUAAAAUUGCACGGGCAGCUCUGUGAACCACAAACACAUUUCAAAAUCUUGUGUUCACAAGGUUUAGGAUGCAGCACUAUUUCAUUAAAUUAUCCUCCUGCAGUGUCGUCAUGCUUCUGAAAGCAAGUUGGGUUUAAUGCGUCAGACUGAACACAUGCAUCUCCUGAUGCCAAAAGUGUUUGACAAGUUUUCGCCUGAAAUUGUGUUCAAUUAAUUGAGUCUAACUCAGUUUUUUCACUCUCAAACUGCACAAACACAUUUCAAAAUGCUGUGUUCACAGGGUUCAGGAUGCAGCAUUUUUUCAUGUAACUAUUCUUCUGCAGCCUUGCUGUGUUUCUGAAAGCAAGUCAGGUUUAAUUCAUCAGAUUUAACUCAAGCAUCUCCUCGUUCUGUCUAGAUUUGAGAAGUUUUAGAAAAUUAGAUGGAUUCAUUGAUUUCCUCAAUUCUAACUCAGUUUUUUCACUCUAGAGUUGCAAAAACAUGCGCAUUUUAUUCAUGAAGUUAUUCUUCUGCAGCCCCGUCGGGUUUCAUUCAUCUCCUCAUUUCAUGCAGAUUCAAAAAGUUUUAGUCACAAAUUGUGUUGGAUUCUUUGACUUCUGUGAUUCCAAUUCAGUUUUUUCAAUCUGAAGUUAUAAAAGCACGUGAGUCUGAGAAUACAGAGGAGCUGUGAGGCCGAACUGAUGCAGCCGUGCAGCCCUGCAAACCACAAACACAUUAUUAAGUGGUAUUUGUGUGUGAGUGUGUGUGUGUGUGUGUAUGUGUGUGUGAGUGUGUGUUGAUGUUGUCGUCUGUUCUGAGCCAAUCACAACCCUCUCCACUCCACGUUCGACAGGAAAGGAACUGGACGUUGUUGCUCUUCUUCUUCUUAUCUUAAUAUUCUCUGAAUCCUUGUUGUUAUUAUUUACUCCGGACGUGUUUCCUGCAGUUCCUCUUAUUUAUUACGACUGCUGUUCCUCCUCUGGAAACUUGACGCUCCAUUAGAGACUCUUCUGUGUGCGUUUGUGUGGACGGCGUGUGUUUUUUUGUCGUGUUCUUCUUGGCUCCAGAUGCUUUGAAACGGUAACUUGCAAGCCUUCUAUGUGCCUCUUUAUAGAAAAGGAGGAAUCCUGUGUUGUGAUCAGGACGACCAGGGAUCAGCUCCUCCCUCUCCACGCUGCAUGGCAUCACCUCUCCACUUCCUGUCCACUUCCUGUCCACUUCCUCCUCGCUCCGCUGCCUUUUCUUUCUUUUCGUCCGUCGUUGCCUUUUGGUUCUUGACUUUUUUUUCUCACGAUGAUUUCUGAGGGCAGAAAGUGUCGAAGUCCAGCCUUUAUGCAAGAACUACUCUAAUGUCAAAACAAGAAACUUGAAAUGCUGUUAGAACGGCGGGUUAAAGUCACACUUGGAUGGUUUACAUCAGCUUCUUGCCUUUUUAAUGUUUUGCUGCUGGUUGUUUCUUGAUAUUUCUGCUUUUUUCUCCAUCUGCAGUCGGUUUUUGUUGAGUUUUGGUCACUUAAACUACGUUAAAGCUACUUAAAAGCUUGAUCUGUGCUCUAAACAUGGAUCAAAGUCAUCCGUUCCGACCCUCAAAUGAAUUAAAAUGGAUGCAAAAUUAACCAAAAAGGUGCAAAUGAACAUAAAAUGAUGUAAAAUGUACCCAAAAAGAUGCAAAAUUACCAUGAAGAGAGGAAAAAAAUGUUUCAAAAAGACACAGAAUGGUUCCUAUGAAAUACAAACACCUCAAAAACACCUGAACGUACAAAAAGGAGACAAAACGUCCACAUUGAGAUACAAAUUUGCUACAAAAAGAUGGAAGUGACUAAAAAAUGACACAAAAUGACAACAAAUAGAUGCAAAACCAAUGCAAAGACAUGAAACGACCAUUAAAAGGUGUGAAAUAACCACUAAGAGACACAAAGCUCUGCUGUUUCCUGCUUUUUUGUCUGUCUUCAGUCGGUUUUUAUUAAGUUUUGGUCAUUUAAGCUGCAUUAACGUUACUUAAAGGCUCGAUCUGUGCUCUAAACAUGGAUCAAAAUCAGUUAGAAUCAUCUGGUCUGAACCUCAAAUGAAUUAACAUAGAUGCAAAAUGAACCAAGCAGGUGCAAAUGAACACAAAAUUGAUGCAAAAUUGUCCCAAAAAGAUGCAAAAUUACCUCAAAGAGAGGGAAAAAACUAUUCAAAAAGACACAAAAUGGUUCCUAGGAAAUGCAAACACCCCAAAAAGACCUGAACCUACGAAAAUGAGACACAAAAUGUCCACUUAGAGAAGCAAAUUUACCACAGAAAUAUGGAAUUGACUAAAAAGUGACACAAAAUGACAAGUAGAUGCAAAAACGUAAACUAACCAUGACAAGGUGUAAUAUAACCACUAAGAGACACAAACGUACUACAAAGAACUGCUGUUUCCUGCUUUUUUUGUCCAUUUCAAAUAGUUUUUUGUUAAGUUUUGGUUGUUUAGGCUGUUAAAGUUACUUAAACACUCAAUCUGAUACUCAAUUUUAAGCUUAGAUUUGGUAAAUUUUUACGAUUAACCCCCAGAUCUUACAUGAUUAGUUUGAAUACUGUCUGAACAUUAAAAAGUCAAAGAUUUUUCUGUUUUUAUAGUGUCUGGCUCUGAUAAAUGUUGCAAUAUUUGGUUAAUUUUCAUGAUUCAACCAAACAUCCUAUGUAAUUACUUCAAGGACUGUCUAGAAAUGGAAAAAUCAACAUUUUUUCUGUUUUUAUAGUUUCUGGCUCUGAUAAAUGGUGUAAUUUUGGUGAUUUUGUUACCGAUAACAUGCUGCUAAAACCUACUUGAACCUAGUUAAAAAGUUUCAUGUUUUAUUUACAGAAUCUGGUUACAGCAAACAGUUGAGUUUUGGUGAAUUAAAUUGAUUUUGAUAAUAAUAAUGUCACAAUUUUAAGCUUAGAUUUGGUUAAUUUUCCCAAUGGAACCACACGUCUCACAAAAUUAGUUAAAAUACUGUGUAGAAAUGGGAAAACCAACAUUCUUUUCUGUUUUAACAGUUUCUGGCUCUGAUAAAUGGGAUCAUUUUUUUGUUUGUUUUUUGCAUCCUCCUGGUGGAUUUUCGGGCUCAGACAGUUAAAAAUUUUCAUUUUAUAUUAACAGAAUCUGGUUAAAGCAAACAGUUGAUUUUUGACAAAUUUAACUGAUUUUGAUAUGAAAAUCUCACUAUUUGAAGCUUAAAUUUAGUUAAUUUUCCUGAUCAAAUUACGGCACAUCAAGUUUCAUGUUAUAUUUAUAGAACUUCGUUAAUUUUUGGCAAAUUUAAUUGAUUUUGAUAUGAUGUCACAAUUUUAAGCUUAGAUUUGGUUAGUUUUCCCGAUUAAACCACAAUUCUCGCAUGAUCACGAGUAUCUGAAAUGAAAAAGCCAAAGAUUUUUUCAAUUUUUGUAGUUUCUAGCUCUGAUAAAUGGGGUCAUUUUUGCAGUUUUUCAAAACUGUCAUGCUUCUAAAACCUACUGGUGGUUUUCAGAUGGUUAAAACAUUUCUUUUUAUAUUUACAGAAUCAGGUUGAAGCAAACUGUUGAGUUUUAGCAAAUUAAAUAGAUUUUCACAUGAAAAUGUCAUGAUUUUAGGCUUAGAUUUUGUUAAUAUUCCCAGUGGAACCACACGGACAGACUGAACAUUAAAAAUCAGACCAUUUUUUUCUGUUUUUAUAGUUUCUAACUCUGGUAAAUGGGGUCAUUUUUGUGAUUGUUUAAAUUAUUUUUUAACAAUAUCUCGCUUCUCAAAGCUGCUGCUGGGGUUCAGAGGGUUAAAAUGAUUCAUGUUACAUUUCUGUGACUCCUGACUCAACAAAAACAUCAAUAAGAACGUUCAGAUAAACCAGACUUGGCCUUUACCUGCUCCAGAACCUCAUGGUUUUGAUUCUGUGACUCUUCAGGUCAGCGUCGACUCGUAUUGACUUUUCAUUGAGGACAGACUGGAGUCCAAUCAGGCGUCUCUUCCUGUCCGACCCGCUCACUGUUUAUCUUUAUAAAUAAACCGUCACCGAGUUUAACGGGGUUUUUUUUUCUUGCCUUCAUACAUGUCUGCUUGCAUGUUCAUGUGGGAUUUCCCAUCCGCGAGUCUAUUUGUGUCUUUUCUCACCUGCUGAGUAAAGCUGCGUCGCCGGGGGUUACCAGGGCAGGAUGUCCGAGUGGAAACGGACUAUUUUCACAUCCCAUCACGGCUCCUCUGAGUUUAUCCCACCACCGGCACGUAUCUCUGGAUGAGGAGGUUUUACUGGAUGUCGAGGUGAGAAUCGGAAGAAACUUCUAGAAGCUUCGGACGGGUUUUAUUUGGUUCUUUCUGUUGCACAUUUCUCCAAUCCAUGACUUGUGACUCGGUGGAGCUUCGUGUUUCUCUGGUUCAACCCUGGUCUCCUCAGCUGUACGUGAUUCUGGUGUUGCGCUGUCGUGUUCUUCUUUGAUUCAGGGUGGGGGGGGACCCAGAGAUGCUACUGUACGUGGACGACGGGUUCUUAUUCGUUGCUGUUGGGUGGGUUUUCGGGGAGGGUUGCCGCGGCUACGGCGCCGGGCCCCGUGGGAAGUGAAGUUCUCAGUAUAUUUACACGUCUCUUUAAGCCUCUGCUAAAGACUGAUGACUGUUCAUUUAGAGCUCAAUGAAUUUCUAUAAAUAUUUUAGAUUGCUCAAACUGAUUGUGUGCAAUUGUAAUGACGGAAAUUCAAUAAAAAAAAGAGGUAUUUUUACACAA